UUCAGAGCUACCUAAGUGGAAGUUCAGCCUUCCAACCUCCACCGCACUGCCCGCAGUGAGAAGAAUCCACCAGAGAGAAGAAGGACACUUCAGGUUCUCGACCAAGUGGAAUUCACUUGCACUUGGCUGCCCAGUUGUACCACCGAUUUACCCGACCGCCGGUGACUGACCACCAGUCUUUCCCACAACUGCCACACACACACUACUUCAAUCCAUCACCUUAAUUUUCGCUCUUUUUCCCCCCUGUCCUAUCCGCAAGCCUCCUUCUCGUGAGCUGCAUCGACAAUACCUUCUGUCGCCCAAUUUACGGUCGCCGACAUACAUAAGGACGAAUUAUCCUACUUACACCUAGGUAGGUAGGGACAAUACCGACUCGGCCAGACCCGCACAGUCAUUCGGUACCCGACAGUCGAAAUCCAAUCCCGUUUCCGCCGAUCUGCCACUGCCGACGUCUCUCGAGUUGGACCGCCAAACCACAUCCAACCAUCACCGACUUGCACGUUGCCUGGCAGAACGAUACCAGGUCAACGAUUACGACACUCGAAACACACAAUCAAUUGGUCGUAGAAUCCAUCCCGAAAGUGAUAUCGAGUCGGUCGGGCUAUCUCAGUUCGCAGAUUGUGGUGUUGCUGCACAUUCAACCUCCCGAGUUGCCCUUACAAUCACCACCACCACCAUCUUGAACGCCAAGGCAGUCUUCGAACUUGCGCCUUAUAGACAACAAAUUGCAUUGGAGGAGACCAUCGCACCAAUCCAACAGAACACCAGGCCACCAGCCCGACUUACAGACAUCUCUACUACCUUGCCAAAGAUACUGGUACUGAUGACUGGCACUCUCCUUUGCGAACUUCGAUAAGAAUCGCUCGCUUCCGUCGACUGCCGGUCGUCUUCUUGCCGCUUUUCUUUUUUUUUGCUUUUCUUCAGCAAUUCACAUCUCUUGUCUUGCUCUUGGACACAUUGCUCUUCUCGUUGCUCCCGGAAGCUAGACCAAGUCGAAAGACACAACUUGUCGCAGGAGGAGGAUAAGAAAUCAUAUCUCUACCAACCCUGCACGUCCAUCGGUUGGAACUGUACCUCAAACAUCAUCCACACACACACAACCCCCGCAUUUUUCUCUCCUCCCAUCUCCUGGGCACUUGGAGCCAAGCCCCUGUGUCUCGGCGCUUACCUAUACCUUUUGCAUUCCUUUUCUUUGGGUUCGGGUUCUGCGCCUGUUCUACGCCCGCUCUCCUUCACAGUACGCGAAGCAGCAGCGAAACCCACACGAAGAUUCGCGGGACCACGCCUGGCAAGUUCCGUCAUACCCGCGCUUCCGCGAAACAGCGCGCGGCGUUCGUGUGUACCUUGCACCCUUUUAACUCCGCAGCUGUCCCCUCUUUUCUUCCCCUUACAGUAAUAUUCUACCAUCCAUCACAAUGGCUGCCGUUAGUCGUCAACCGUUUGCUCCCCUUAAUGAGGGGAGGUUGUCGGGACUGACGAGUUUGAAGAACAGACAGAAUGCCCUCUCUACCAAGAGGAAGGCCGCCGAGGUUGAUCCCCUUGACGAUGCCGAAAAUGUUGACCCUAGCAUGUUCUCGAAGCGGGCCAAGUCUUCGCACUCCAACAUUAUGAAGCCUUCCCAGUAUGUCCUCAAGAAGGCCAGCACACCAGUCAUUUCUCUCGGAAAGAGCAUUCUCGGCAACGCAUCCACUCAACCCAGGCAUAUCCUCCAAGCCAAGUCUCAGCAGAUUCGUCUCAACACUCGCAUUGCCACUCCCACAACUCUCACUGCCCCCGCCGGCCGAUCCCCCACUCGCGGCUCCAAGAAGGGCGGUAUCCUUCCCAAGCGCCGCAUCCAGCGCGUCGAUCCCCCCUCAUUUGGAGGAGUUUCUGCACCUUUUUCCCUCGAUGCCGCCCUCAAGGGUACCAUUCCCAGCUAUUCCGGCGACCUUGGCGAGACCAAGUCAACAAAAUCCACCACCACCAAACCCGAAUCCUUCACCCCCUCAACCAUGAAGUCUGACUGGUUCUUCGACAUCCACGAAGACACUCCAGAGCAGGAAAUGACCAACCUCCUGCAGCAUAGCACCUGCGUCCUCGACAUCAGCAGUGACGAAGAAACCGAAAAGCGCGAGACGCGCGAGUGCGCAGAGGGACGCGACAAGGAGAACGUGCCGCCUACCGAUGAUGUCAGCCAGACCCAGUCCGCACGGACUCCUUCGACACGAGGUGCAAACUCGAAUGCAGGUUCGGAUGCGGAUGACAUGAUUGUGGAGAAGAACAGGGGUCCGUUGCACGAGAUGGUCAGCCAGGAUUUCUGGCCUGAGGGAACGGAUGAUGAGGAUUUCUUUGUGGUGCCCGGAGAUGAGGAUGACGCUGCUGCUACUGUUGCUGGUCCCGAGGUUCUAGGCGACAAGACAGGAGACAGCGAAGAGAAGCAACAUAGCGACAUUCCCCAGAUUUUCGUCGACAACUUUGAGGACGACGAAGCCGACGAAGCCGAUACCAGCUCUUGCAGCGACUCUGACGAUGUGGACAGCGUCGAUGGCAUCAUGGGCGUUCACGACGGACCGGUCAAGGCCGCGGUUUUGGAGCCGAUUGAGGGCACGGGUGAGAGCUUUGAGCUCUGGGAGAGCGAGAGCGCGAAGGACCAGCUGAGCGUGCCGUCCUCGCCUGCGCGUGAGGGUGUUUUGGGGGAGGUGGAUAUUGCUGAAUGCUAGUGGUUUUGGGAUGAAUCCUCUUCUGUUGUUCGUUAAAAGUCGAGCAUCACCUUCAACGCUUGUCACGACAUCACCAUGAACAUCAUCAUCGGACAACCUUGAUGAUUGGAUCAGUACAGUACAUGUCUAAAACAGUGGUCCCUAUCAUGAGGGGCAGGCGUCCUCGGAAGCUGGGGCUGAACGUCAAGGCCGAGAAAGAGCCAUGACACGCUACGUGGCUGUGAAUGGAGUUUACAGGCGUUUGCUUACGCCUUGAGGAUUGUGGAAUGGAAAUGAUGAAGAUAUCAUGGAUUGGGGGAUUAUUUGCUUCAGACGAUUGGAGUACUGGAGUUUGAACGAACAAAUGCUUGCUUGGGUUUACGUGUACAGUGUUGAUUACGAGCUAGCUAGGCUAAAGGAGCUUUUUGAUAGCUUGACGAAUGAUAGAUAGUAUUCAUUAUUUUGCUGUCUGU